AGUACCCAGAAGGAUAGGUAGUUGGGACUUUACCAAGGUUACAAAACAGUUUUUAUUAUUGUUUUUGAGUGCACUUGCUACUAAAUGUUUGCAUGGGCAACAAAAUUCUGCCUACUAUAUAUGUUAUUAGAACAUAACAUUUUAACAUUGCAAGGCAGGAAGGUAGUAGGGUAGAAGAACUUACAACGUUACAACGUUAAACAAAUAAUAUCUACAAACAGUAAAGGGGUAUCUUGCAGAUAGAUCCCUGCUUUGUAAAUCCUCCUGCUCCAAUAAUUUUCAAACUCUAUUCUGAUUUGAGAAAAAGAGGAGAUUCCUUGAAUGUGUGGAUUAAAACAAGGUAUGAAAUAUCUGAGGUUUGGAAAAGCCUUCUCUAGUGCUAUUUCAUGCAGAGUAUUUGCAUGUCUCAGCAGCAUCAGCCAAGGUUUCUUGAAGCUUAAACCCAUCCACCUUGGAAAAGCUGGAUUUAGGUAAGGGUGUAGUUAUUUGCCAAAAUAUUUGGAGUGGGGGAGAAAUCUUUAUUUUUUUGGGUGAAAAUAUUCUAUAAUUGCAAAAUUAACCACCAAUACUUUUAUAUACUUUGGAGAAAGCUUUUCUUGGCUAACAGAUUCAAACAUCCAUAAAUAAUAAUAGUAAGCAACAUUUAUUGCAGGCAAUCUUGUGGUAAGUAAUUUAUAUACAUCAUCCCAUUAAUGAUGUAUUUCCAUACAACCCUGUGAACGGAUGUUUUUAUUCCUAUCUUAUAUAUAAAGAAAGCGAGGCACAGAGAUCACAUAAUCAGGUGACCUUGAGUUUGAAUGUAAACUCAAGUUUACCCUUUAUUCACCACCUGUAUUCCUAUAUCCUCUGAGAAGGAUGGGGCAAGUCACUUACAUUAUGGACAAAUUUUUUAACGGGAGUUGCCCACAGAACGGAGUCUAGAGCUUAGAAAAAACACACUUAAUUAGGUUUACCCCUAACUUCCGGACACCUAUUUCUAGCACUUCCUUGGUGAUGAACCUUCUGUAGAACGAAGCUGCUAGAAAGGGAGAGGUUCUUUUCUGAGACGAGCCAAUGAGAUGGCUGCAUCAUGUGAGUGGCACGUCGUUUAGCCAAUGGGUUCAGCCCUUGAGGCCUCGCGAGAAGACCAGAAAUUGGUCUGGAGCAUGUGGGCCUUUCGGCGUGUCGGGGGUGUUGAGCACCGGUUCUCCUGAAGGCCAGCAGAGCGGGGCGACGGCUGGAGAUUGGUAAUUUAUCAGAAUAGGAUCGACACCAGUGUCCUCUGCAGCCGUUCAAUGGAUCCUGUCCAACCACCCUUCAGGGGCUCUUCUGUGAACCCAUCUCAGUGUGUACGGAUGCCUGGCUCUUGGCCACAAGCUCCUAAACCUUUGGACUCAGCGCUGGGCAGGGCAGGAUCUACAGGCAGAGGCCAUGUAUUUGGGAAGCCAGGGAAACCAAGCCCACGGAGUGGGCCAGCACAAAGGGAAUGUGUGGAUUUGGUCUCCAUGUUCCGAGGACUGGGCCUUGAAACAGUGUCUCGGACCCCUCCGAAACGGGAAAUGCCUCCAUUAGGUAGAGGCAUUUUAGGUCGAGGCUUGUCUACCAGUAUGGUACGCAAGGACAAAGAAGAACCCCAUCCCACUUUUCUGGAUCCUUCAGUGCUGGCAGCUGGGGAUAACAAGAUGGCAGAGGCCUGUGUUGGUUGGAAUAGAAUGCUUGGAAGAGGGAAUUCGGAUAUGUCUUUAUUCCCUUUGGGAAGAGCAGCUGGUGGUAUAGGCAGAGGAGUAUACAAGGCUCCUGCUACUCUCAGCUUGACUUCUCGGGAUCCUGCCCAGCUGUCAUCACCACCACCUCUGCCCCCAUCCUCACCACACUCUCUGGAUCACCCUCUACUUGGGACUGUAGAACACAAGGGAAAAGAGCUUUUUAUGAAGCAAGGAUCAAAAGGUACACCUCAAUCUUUGGGAUUGAAUCUUAUCAAAAUACAGUGUCAUAAUGAAGCAGUCUAUCAAUAUCAUGUGACUUUCAGCCCCAAUGUGGAGUGCAAAAGCAUGAGGUUUGGCAUGCUGAAGGACCAUCAAGCUGUCACCGGCAACGUUACUGCUUUUGAUGGAUCCAUUCUCUAUCUGCCUAUUAAACUUCAGAAACAAGUCCUUGAGUUAAAAAGUCAAAGGAAAACUGAUGAUGCAGAGAUCAGCAUUAAGAUUCAAUUGACAAAGAUCCUGGAGCCCUGUUCUGACUUGUGCAUUCCCUUCUACAAUGUUGUUUUCCGUCGAGUAAUGAAACUUCUAGAUAUGAAGCUUGUAGGGAGAAACUUUUAUGACCCUACAAGUGCUAUGGUUCUACAGCAGCACAGGUUGCAGAUCUGGCCAGGCUAUGCAGCUAGUAUCCGAAGAACAGAUGGAGGUCUUUUUCUGCUAGCUGAUGUCUCCCAUAAGGUCAUUCGGAAUGAUUCAGUGCUGGAUGUCAUGCAUGCCAUGUAUCAGCAGAACAAAGAAAACUUCCAGGAUGAGUGCACUAAGCUUCUGGUUGGCAAUAUUGUUAUAACCCGAUACAACAAUCGUACCUAUCGCAUUGAUGAUGUGGAUUGGAAUAAGACACCAAAAGAUAGCUUCACAAUGUCUGAUGGGAAGGAGAUCACAUUCUUGGAAUACUACAGCAAAAACUAUGGGAUCACAAUUAAGGAAGAGGACCAGCCACUGCUGAUCCACAGGCCCAGUGAGAGACAGAAUAACCAAGGGAUGCUGCUGAAAGGCGAAAUCCUGCUGCUGCCUGAACUUUCAUUCAUGACUGGAAUCCCUGAGAAGAUGAAGAAGGACUUCAAAGCCAUGAAGGAUUUAACCCAGCAGAUCAACCUGAGCCCCAAACAACACCAUAAUGCUUUGGAAUGCUUGCUGCAGAGAAUUUCGAAGAAUGAGACAGCUAGCAAUGAAUUGGCGCGCUGGGGACUCUGUCUCCAGAAGGAUGUACAUAAGAUUGAAGGACGUGUUCUGCCAAUGGAAAGAAUUAACUUAAGAAAUACUUCAUUUAUCACAUCUCAGGAGCUAAACUGGAUUAAGGAAGUAACCAGAGACCUUUCCAUCUUGACUGUCCCCAUGCAUUUCUGGGCACUGUUUUACCCAAAGAGAGCAAUGGAUCAGGCCCGAGAACUGGUUAAUAUGUUGGAAAAGAUAGCUGGCCCCAUUGGUAUGCGCCUGAGCCCACCAGCCUGGGUUGAACUAAAGGAUGAUCGAAUUGAGACCUAUGUCAGAACCAUUCAAUCCAUGCUAGGAGUUGAGAGGAAGAUACAGAUGGUUGUUUGCAUCAUCAUGGGAACACGUGACGAUCUCUAUGGGGCUAUUAAAAAGCUGUGCUGUGUGCAGGCUCCUGUGCCCUCACAGGUCAUCAAUGUUCGAACCAUUGGUCAGCCAACCAGGCUUCGGAGUGUGGCCCAGAAAAUUUUACUUCAGAUUAAUUGUAAAUUGGGUGGUGAGCUCUGGGGAGUGGAUAUUCCUCUGAAACAAUUAAUGGUGAUUGGGAUGGAUGUUUACCAUGACCCCAACCGAGGCAUGCGCUCCGUGGUUGGCUUUGUUGCAAGCAUCAAUCUCACACUCACAAAAUGGUAUUCUCGAGUGGUGUUCCAGAUGCCUCAUCAGGAGAUUGUGGAUAGCCUGAAGCUAUGCCUGGUGGGCUCCUUAAAAAAGUUUUAUGAGGUGAACCACUGUCUCCCAGAGAAGAUUGUGGUAUACCGUGACGGAGUGUCUGAUGGCCAACUAAAGACAGUUGCCAACUAUGAGAUUCCUCAGCUACAGAAGUGUUUUGAAGCUUUUGAGAAUUAUCAGCCCAAGAUGGUAGUAUUUGUAGUUCAGAAGAAAAUCAGUACCAAUUUGUACCUGGCUGCUACCGAGCACUUUGUGACUCCCUCCCCUGGGACUGUGGUAGAUCAUACCAUAACAAGCUGUGAGUGGGUGGACUUCUACCUUCUUGCCCAUCACGUACGGCAGGGUUGUGGCAUUCCUACCCAUUAUGUCUGUGUUCUCAACACUGCAAACCUGAGUCCUGAUCACAUGCAGAGGUUGACUUUCAAGCUGUGCCACAUGUACUGGAACUGGCCUGGCACCAUCAGAGUCCCAGCUCCCUGCAAGUAUGCCCACAAGCUAGCUUUUCUGUCAGGACAGAUCUUGCAUCAUGAACCAGCCAUCCAGCUGUGCGAAAACCUGUUCUUCCUGUAACUGGGCAGCCAGGAUAUGGGUGCUUAGGGAGAUUAGACUUCUGAACUCAGCUGCAACUCAGGCAGGAUCAAGAGGGACCCAAGGGGUUUUUGUGUUGGUGGUGGGUUGUUGUGUGUGUGUGUGUGUUUUUUACCAACCUGGUAGAAUAAGAUUUCUUUUUUCUUUUUUUUCUCUUUUAUACCUGAUAUCACCAAGAAGUAAGUUCCAUUUCUAAAUAUCAGCUGGAAAUUUCCUUGUUGCCUUUGUAGAGCAAGUGGUGGCAGUACAGGUCCUGUAUAUAUGGAGGGGGUGAAUACAAGGGAACCUCUAAAAGCCCCCAUAGCCAACAUGAGCUGUGGAAACCUGCAGAAACAGCAGUUACACCUUGUAAGUUAUGCUUACUAAACACUUCCUAUUUCUGUGCCAGAGGUGAUAAUGAAUGAAGUCAUUCCAAGUUUCUUGAAGUAGAGAGUUACUUUAUUUGGGCAACUGAGAAAGGUAGUAAAAACACCUGUGAGGCAAAGUUUUUCUAGAUAUUGUGAUUGCUGGUAAGUGUGAAAGGCACAUAGUAAAACCAGCUGGUGGCGUAGUCAAGUCCUACUGACCUAAUCUUGUCUGGGAAUUGAGUUUAUGACACCUGUGCCUUGAGUUGGCUUUGAAGCUUUGAAAGGGGCAUUUAGCCAUUCCUUGGCCUCCUGAGAAAGGCCAGAUGAAGUUUUUUUCUUUAUAUUUUAGUUGCUUUACAGUGUACCAUGUUGAUUUCUUCCUACACCACCUCCCCCGCCCACCGCACCCCCCCCACACACACACAUUGGCUCUUUGUUAUUGAUCUUUAAUAAAG